UCUUCUUAACGUAAGAUAAUAGCAAUGACAAAGCAAAAUAUGAAAGCCAUAAUAUUUAGUGUGCUUCACUUAUAUAAUCAUUUAUUUUAAAGAAAAAGCUGCUGGGCUAACAGUUAAACGGCUUUGCGUCGAUCUGAAGGACAAAACUGCCUAUGUGACAUGAACACGGCCGCACAGUGAAAGUAUUUCUAAAGAGUGGUACUGUAUGAUUCUGAAAACUCGCGCUGUCUUGGCUUCAAAAGCUCCAAACUGCCUGCAGAACUCUCCAUUUCUCUGCCGUUUGAUGUUUUUUGCCUCCCGACGGUCCAACACACCUGCAACGACACACAACAGUCUGCACGAAAACACGGUGCAGUCUGCACUAACUACUGUACCGGUACCGGUUAUAAAGAUCUGAAAUGAAAGAAUUGUGUUUUGAAAUCCAGUUUCAUGAGGUUUUUAUUUAACCUGAGACGGUCUGAAACAUCAGCAGCCACAGCAAUCCAAAAGUCAUUCAUCGAUGGAAGAUAUCUUUCGUGCUUUUUAUAUGAUCUGUAUCACUGGGUCAAAAAGUUGCUAAACAAUUUAUUAAAUUAGUUUAUAAACAACUUUGACACAUUAUUAUAUUUGAAAUAAAACUCAUGCAAAGUAGGUUAAUUUACAUAACACAUUUCAGCAACAGGCAGAUAAAUGUGCUUUACAGGUAAAAAAAACAACAACACACAAAACAUAAAACAACACUUCAGCAACAAACAUUACAUUUUCUCAAAUGUUAGAAAAAUAAUCUAAAUCCUCAGCAUACGACAUUGGACUGAAGAUGAAAGUUCCAGGCAUUAUUAAUAAAAGUCAACUAUAGAUGCCUGGAUUUUUAACGUUAAUUUAAAUGCUUUACUAUUUUUGCCAUUUUUAUGCAGAUUAUUACAGAUUAGUGACGCAUGAUGCCCCUCCAUGCCGACUUACAGUUAUAGCUUCCUGCGACAGACCUGUUAGGUGUUUUGAUUUGUUUUGUAUUGGAGUAACUUUGGUUCACUGUUUGUAACCCGAAAAAAGCCACGCAGGCAGCGUCCGCAACGUUACUCGUGAAGUUGAAAACGUUUUGAUUUAGGCCCAUUGGAUUUUUAUUUUCGCUAUGUUUGGAAAAGACUGACAAGAAGAGAUAAAGUAUUAGGCAUUUCUAAAUCAAUUAAAAUUAAUCUACAUAUUAGUUUUCCAACAAAUGAGUCAUCCAUCAUCUUUUCACUUUUUAAAUGACGACUCAUUUGUUGGAAAGAAAUUUGACCUGUUGGCCUGUUUUCAUUUGCAUGUCCGAUGAUUUAUUUCACUUCACACCACAUGUUAACUUUUUCAAAUUUACGUCACUGCUUGUUGUCGUCAUCUCCGUAAAUACUAAAUUAGAUGUCGGAAUAUUGGACUGUGUGGAACCUGUUCCGGGUUUUAAAAUGACCCACCCGACCGCUUGAUAUGCCAAAGCCACUAAUGCAAAAGGAUUCUAGCUAAUACAAUAACAGUGUUACCGUCCUCUGUCUGUCCCCCGGCUGCAGGCCAUCCCUGUCCUUUUCCAAGAGUCGCUGCUUAUCAAUGAUUAGACCCCAGUCAGCUCCAAAACAAUUUGGCUGCUUCCCGUUCCCACAAAGCGGGGAGGAAACAGGGCGUCCUGCCGGGGAGCGAGGGAGUACGGUCGAGAAAGAGGCCAGCAGAGGGGAGGUGGAGGUCAAAAAGAAAAGAGUAAGUUAAAAAGAAAGGUUGCAAAUUUCAAAUUCAGGUGGUCCAGUAAGAAACGCGAAAAUUAGGCUGAAGAUUUUGAGUUUCCCAGACAUCUCUGAAUGGCGUCUUUAAUAAGAACUUGGCUUCUUGGGAAUGCACUGGGUGGGAGAGUAAAGUAAAAGCAAAAAAUAGAGUCUUUGUGUCGAUUUAUCAGUCGGACUGUCUGUAGUUUGGCCACGGGGACAAGCCGCAGCCUGUGGAGGAAACAAAGAGAGACACAGAGAAGAGGACUUAUUUAUGGUUGCGGUUAUUUUACAGCCUCACUGACACAUAUUCGGCUUGAAAGUUUCUUUCUAUUUUUCCUUCUGUGCUUUGUUCUUUCUUUCUUCCUUCCUUUCUUUUUUUCUUCCUUUCUUUCUUUGUUUCUUUCUUUCCGUCCUUAUUUAUUUUAACAAAGAAGAAAAUUUUCGGAGUCUGCUUGUAUGGUGUGUGUACUGAGUGUGUGUGCUGAGUGUGUGUGCUGAGUGUGCGAGGUAACUCGGUGUUGUUAAUGUGCAGUGUACAUAUACGACACUUAGUUCUUUUCAUUUUAUUUAAGUAUUCAUUUCGCUAUGCUGAGUUCGGACAAAACAAACAUAAGACACGAUGAACUCUAAGAGAUGACAGUCUAAUCUUUAGCUGUGAAUGCACCUCAAAAACAUAAAGUUAAUAAUUCUCACUGUUAAAAUAAUCAUUAUUGGUCAGACCUCAAUGUCAAUCUAGAUAAAUAGAAUGCAAAAUGUUCCUCUUUUGUAUUCACAUUCUCAUUUAUCCGUUAACUAGAGGACUUCAGUUCAGUCAUUUGUACAUUUCUCUGGUUAGAUUCUAGUAUAUACUUUGGGGUAAAUUGCUUGAUUCUUUAGCCAUCUUAAAGAGUGCUGGUGUAAUCAGUGUCAUUGAAACGAAUAAAAAAUUGAUUUUUUCUGUUUCUUUUCUUCUUCUCCUCUAAUCAGUGUCACAGCUCGGGAGCAUAAUCAUUCACAGCUCACAUAGAUCACACAUGACCAAUUGUAAAAACUGAAGCGGAAGUUUUUGAAUCAAUGUCGCCUUCAGACACCAGAACAUGGAAUAGACAGCGAGACAUUAAAUUCUACUACAGAAGAUUUCCAUUCGAUCGGCAUUUGUUCUGAUUAAGAAAAAAACGAAAGCCUGUGAAAGAGGACACACACGUAGAGUAGCGGGAUGUAAAUCAACCCAGCAAACAAUCAAAGCCCACCAAUUACAAACAUUCAAACGUCUAAAUGACAGGAAGGGAGAACAGGCUCCAUUCUAAGCUAACCUAGAUCCCUACAAACAUGCAAACAUACAGGAUGAUAUACGAGUCGUGUGCGGUCCAGCAUGUUGUAUUCAUACAACAAAUUCAUUCUGAGGCGAUGUGUUGGCUAUUAUCCACAAAGUGCAAAGGAUAUGUGCUCAGUUUCCUCUGGCGGCGAAGCUUCAGCCCAAACGUGCACACGCACGAUUGUACUGGCAGGCGCUGGCGGCGGUUUUUAUGGGUCCAACAUCAGAUGAAGGACGACACACAAGAGGAGAUACAAUCAAUUUAACGCGCGGACAAUUCCGCUGUGAUUGCGCAAUCUCAUCGGGAGCCGCAGGAAGAUUAGAAAGAGAAAUGAAAUGACAAUUAGAAAGGGAGAACGGGAGUGGGAGAUUGAAGUAGGGAAAUAAGAAAAAAAGGGUGGGGGGAGGGGGGGCGAGAGGGUCGCGGGAGUUCCCAGACCCCCUCCUCUACCUCCUCUCUCCCAAACGAAAGGAAAAAUGAGGUGAACUAAUGUCAUGCAGAGGAGCUUCCCAUUGGUCAGUGUUUGGUCAGCUGGUCUCUGACUCCCCCUAUGCUCCUCACCCAAUUCCUGUGCCAUACACACACAUAGACUCUUUCUUGCCGAGCCCCCCACCACACAUUACCAAAGCACUGGCACCCAGCCACCCCAGCUUCACCCUCCUCACCCCUCCUCCCAAUCUGCGAUAAACUCAGUGAUAGCGGCAGCAGCAGCCCGUCGGACUGAGGGCUAUAAAACACAACAAAUCAUAAAGUGCAGGCAGGAAGGCAGAGGAAGGAGGACGGGAGGAAGAACCGUUAGUCUCGGUCUACUCCUCCUUCUUCUUCUUCAUCGCGUUAUCAUUGUUGUUGUGUUUGUUACGUGCCCUCCUGUGCUCCCCUCUUCUCUUCUUUUCCUCCUUCUUCUCCUUUCCCACUUUUACCAAUGAGUUCAUAUUUUGUGAACUCCUCUUUUCCGGUGAUACCGGGAACGGGUGGAGGCGGCCAGACGGCGUCGUCAGAACCAUUCCUGGGUCAGAUCUCACUUUACUCAUCGGGAUACGCGGACCAUCCGCUCAGACACUACCCAGGGGCAGCGGCUGUCACUGCGGCCGCGGCCGUGGCUUACAGCGCUCAUCAGGAGAAAUCUUAUCCAGCCUCUACCUACUACCAGCAGGCUGCGAACGGAGCGUACAGUGGACACCGAGUGACGGGGGUGGCAGUUGGGGGGUCGACCGGACCUGGUGCGUGCGACUACGCCACAGCAGCGGCGGCGGCUGCCGCGGCGGCCACGAACUUCUACCGAGACAAGGAGCAUCCCUGCAGUCUGGAUGAACACCAACUUGCUCUGAGCCAAGACGGCAUGCAUCGCAAAAUGGAAUGCGCUGGGCUCGGAGCAAAGGGGCUAUUUGGAGAAUCCAUGGAUGACAAGCAAACAGCACCAACUCCAAUUUAUCCGUGGAUGCAGCGGAUGAACGCAUGCAACGGCACCUUCGGCAGCCCCGGAAGACGCGGCCGGCAGACAUACACUCGCUACCAAACUCUGGAGCUGGAGAAGGAAUUCCACUUCAACCGGUACCUCACGCGGCGACGGCGCAUCGAAAUUGCGCACGCGCUCUGCCUCACGGAGCGUCAGAUUAAGAUCUGGUUCCAGAACCGCAGAAUGAAGUGGAAGAAGGAGAACAAGCUCAUUAACUCAUCUUCUUCCUCCUCUUCCUCCUCUUUCACUCUAACUGGUACAGAUGAAGAAGAGAAACGGACGGAGUGAAAGAAAACAAAAUGACGUGAGACAUUAAAAGCAAGAGAAGGAUGGAAGAAAAUUCAUGCUCCAAUGUGUUUGUUAGGUGUGGACAUUUUGUGAGCCCGCCGCUCCGUCCGUUUCCGUCUGACAGCUCAGCCGCGUGGAUCCCAAAAUCCCAAAAAGGAAGGAGAUGCUUUACUUUCUCUAAAAAGAGUCUCUAAGCGCUGUCUCAGUGAAAACAACGUUUUGAACCACUUUUGAUUCGGAGCUGCUUCUUCCUCUAUACUUUAAAAACAGAAAAAAAAUGCACUCUCCUAAAUCCUACAUAUUUACUAAAUGCUGAAACUUUAGGAGGCUAGGCAGAGUGGCAGCCAUGGAAAGUAGAUAAAGCAAUAAAGAAGUAGAAAUUGCCAGGGACAUGAACAAACACAAACUACAUAUAUAUAUAUAUAUAUAUUUGGAAAACAACCCGAUAUGCAGAGGAAAUAUAUAUAUAUAUAUAUAUAUAUAUAUAUAUAUAUAUAUAUAUAUAUAUAUUUCCUCUGCAUAUCGGGUUGUUUUCCAAGUAAGUUCAGGAUCACAGUGAAGCUUCAGGUAAUAUUGUCCUUCGGGCUCAGAUCGUCUAAUGCUGGCAGUGCUGAUAAACGGUGGGUUAUGGCGUGGAUGGUGUCUGGACAAAAAAACGUGAUUUGCAGCAUUCCAAAAACUACCUAAGUUAUAUCGUUUAUGUUUUUUGUUUUGUUUUGUUUUUUGGUUUGGUUUGUUUUUAUAUCUGCCAAGCACUUGCUUUGAAGGAAACGCUUUCCGGUUUGGUCCUUUUUUUUCUGACAUGUUGUUUCUGUUGGAAAGGAGUGGAUAUUUGUCAUUUGGUGUACAUACUGUAGCUAAAGUAUACAGAUUUAGACAAGGACAUGUUCUUUUCGUAUUGUGACAAUUAUUCAACUUGGAAGGUCUUAACGGUCGUUUUCAGCUAUUAUUACUUUUCCACUUGGUUGUACAAAAAGCUCACGGAGGUGUUGACCUACUGAUUUUUUCUCCAAACUACCUAAACACCUUCAGGGAAUUGUAAAUUUGAUUAAAUUUGUUGCUUUCUGUUCGUGUUUUUGUCAAGUAAGUAUACUACCUAUGAGAAAUGUUCAAUAAACUUUAAAGAAGUGUAUGCAAUGUUUUAUUUUAUUUAGUUAGUUUUUUUUUUUUUUCCUUUUUGAGUAUAGGGAUGCAUGUUGGCAGAUUUAUUAACCAACUCUAACACAGUACUUCCUUACUGUAAGGUUGAAAACAGGUUUAUUUCAAGAUUUAGUGCUUUUUGCCCGUUCAUGUGAUGACUAUAAACCUUUUAGCCUUAGGCUAAGUGUGAAACAUGCAACACAUUUAAGGCGCGGAGUUAACGCUGGGAGCGGGGGUUCUUUUGCUGGGGCUGGAGGUCCGAGGCUGCGCUGUGCAGGCCCAGUUAGGUGGGAUGCUCUGCAGGGGAAGUGACGGCGGCACAAACUAAUUAAUGAGCAGAGCCAGGCAGAGAAAGCUGACCUGUCCUCAAGCAGGCCAGCCAGACACAUCACACACACACACACACACACACACGGCACCCAAACAAAGUGGACAAUGUCCUGGUGACCUUUUGAACUGUGCCUGUCCCCUGAAUGACCGGCGAACUGACCUCCAUUUGAGUUUUGCUGAUGCAGCACAUAGUCAAAAAUAAAGCAAAUAGUUCCUGUC